AUGAAGAAUAAGAGCAGAGACACAAGAUAUCUGUGGCUCAACGUCUUAAGUGAAGAAGAUAGGAAUAGGACGCACAUAUUUUCUUCAUUUUUCUACAAACGGCUGACUAUGUGCCCUCCACGUCAGUCAGAGAAUCAAGAAAACCAAAAGCUAUCUCCUGCAGAAAAAAGGCAUGCAAGGGUCAAGAGUUGGACAAAGUCUGUUGACAUUUUUAGCAAAGACUUUAUUAUAAUGCCGAUCAAUAAAAGGUCUCAUUGGUUUCUGGGUAUUAUAUGCUUUCCUGGUUUGAGUGGUCCUGUCCGCAUGUCGGAUAAUCAGGCUGUUCCUAAUGUCAUCAGGAAAAAAACUGAUGCAUCAGUCCUAGUGGGUGGUCUCACUCCUGCUAAGAUCUAUGGAUCAACCAUGAAUCUGGAACCUAAUGAGUCUGAUCGUGAUGAGGCUGAAGCUGAUGACGAUGAUAUGGAACCCAAUACCACUGAUGAAGAAUCAGGGAAAGAUGAAGAUCUAAUGGAUGAAGCUGCACCUAGAGUUAACAGUAAAACCAAACCUCCAUCAAAACCAAUAAAGCAGCCAAGCAUCCUAAUUUUUGAUUCCCUUGCAUGGACGAAUAGAUCUCGUGUUUGUGCCACCUUAAGAGAGUACCUUAAAAUUGAGUGGAAAGUUGGACAUAAAGAAAACUUGCGUGAUUUUUCAAAAGAUGUUUUUAAAGGAGCUGUUCCAAAGGUUCCUCAGCAAACCAAUUAUAUAGACUGUGGAGUAUAUGUGCUACAAUAUGUUGAAGCAUUCUUUAAGAGUCCAAUAACUGACUAUCGGAUGCCUAUUCGAUCAAUCAAAGAAUGGUUCACAACAGAAGAAGUUAAUCGAAAACGUUAUGAUAUUAUGCAACUGCUUUUAUCAUUGAUGAAAGAACAAAAUGUUGAUAUCCCUAGACUCAAUUUGCCUUUUUUAAAUUUGACUCCGUUUUCUCACUAUGAUGGAGAUGAAGAAGGAAUGGAAGGUGAUUUUGAAGAAGAGGAAGUCGAAGGUGAAGAAGAACCGAUAUGUGAAGAAGAAGAAGAGGAAGAGGAUCUUGAAGAGCCAGUAUGUGAAGAAGAAGAGGAGGAAGAGGAUGUAGAAGAACCAUUAUGUGAAGAAGAAGAGGAGGAAGAGGAUCUUGAAGAGCAUUACAAGCUGGAGGAGAUUUUCAAGACUAAACAGUGUUUUGAUCCUCAUGGUAGGUUAGAUCAACAGCAGAUAAGAUUGGAAGUCAAGCAGAGAAUGGACCAAUCAGCAAGAAGUGAGCCACAAACACCUGCUCGUUUUGAGGCAACUCCUUCUCGCAUGGAAUCUGGACCAACUAUACAACAGCUGAGAGCUGAAACAAUGAGAUCUGAGCCAAUAAGGUCACGUGUUAAUGAGAAAGUUACAAUUUGUGAAGCAAGCUCUAAGAAAAAGCUACCUUUGAGUUUGAAAGAUAUCAGGAGCCCUAGAUUGCUGUCAGGGCAAACAUCCAUUGAAAAAGUGAAAAAGAUGAGACUUGAGUGA